UCUUUGGCUGACAGCAGUAGACUUCGGGCAAUACCACUUCCCCUUACAGGGGUGUUCCGCGUCGUUUGUGCGGCCGGGACCGACGUGUGAAGUGGUAAUGUGGGGAGGCAGUAUGACAGCCCCGGUUAACACUGGUCCUCCACCCGGGGCUGUCUGGGAAGCGGCGGGUGCAGCAAGAUCGUGACGUCAUCCUAGCGCAGGAUUGGCCAUAUAUGACAUCAUUUGAGGUACUGCCUCUUCUUAAAGCUGCCAAAGAGAGGUCUGCGUUUGUGUCCAGCAAUAUACAAUUGAUAUACCCUGUUGACUUCACUUGAACACUCCUCGGAUGAAGAAAAGUUUUCCAUUAUGAUUCCUAAAAUUUUGAGUUUCCAAAGCUUCAUUUAAGUAGGAAGACUUUAAAAGCCUGAAAUGUGAAUGCAUUAACAAUGACAAAAAUCAAACAUUACACUGGGUUUCCUGGAAGUUAAUUUGAGCUGUACUUGCAACCUUUCUUCUCAUUGCAGUGACCAGUUAUGGAUUACAAAUGCUGAUACUGGGAUUUUUUACUUUCUUUUUUUUAUUAUUUCAUGUUACAUAUUGAGACUUAACCCCAAAACAUUUUUGUCAAUUGGAAGCUUGACCGUAAUAGUUGUGAUGCAGGUUCUCCGCAGAUUUUACCAUGGUUGUUAGUAAUUUCUGCCCCGCUGGACUUUACAAACAUAGCACGGGGAGCCUUUCGUACAGGUGAUGGAGUCAGAGCAAGGGCAGAAGAGCACAAGGAAGUCGGAGGAAGGUGUGAGGAAAAGGCUGACCAAAGGGGAGGCGCUGCAAAGCAGGACAUCUCCAGCUGGAGACUAUACCCCCAGCUGUCAGGGAGACCCACUACCACAACAGCACUUCCCUAGCUCUUUGAAGUUAACAAGGGAGGGUCCUCCCAGGAGGGUUGGGAGGCCUUGCAAACCAAAAGGUCCACUUCAAGAACAGCUCCACAUUUCCAAGCCACAGCCCACAUCACCAGCAUUCAUGGCUCCUCGGGUAACUUCAGAAAGUGGCCUUGAUGGGCCAGCAUGGCAAGUUGUAGAUCCAAUACAACCAGGUCCGUCCAGGUCUUUCUCUUCUUCUGCACUACAUGCCAGACUUUCUCGUCCGGCCGAAGACUCAACUCAGAAAGCUUAUGUGUAUCGGCCAACUCAGGUUUCUGUAAAACAAACAGAGGAACCCCAUAAAAAGGAGAAGAAACCCCAAAAGCCAGGAAAAUAUAUCUGCCAGUAUUGCAGUCGGCCAUGCGCCAAGCCAAGCGUCCUUCAAAAGCAUAUCAGGUCACAUACUGGGGAGCGUCCUUACCCAUGUAUCCCUUGUGGGUUUUCUUUCAAAACUAAAAGCAAUCUAUACAAACAUAGGAAGUCUCAUGCUCACAGGAUUAAAGCUGGGCUGGCAACAGAGAUAGGAGCAGAAACGUAUCCAUCCGGUCUAGAGAUGGAGCAUAUUGGAGGAGAGGAACUUGAAGAUCCGACUGAAGGAGAAAGCACAGACUCUGAGGAUGAGACAAGCACAAUGUCACACUUAGUGGAGGUUUCACCCCAGCAGAAGCAUGGGUUAUUGUCUUGCAGUGAUCAAGUAGCAGGAAGUAGACAAGUUACAAGCCAUGAUAUUUUCUCUCUCUCCCAACCAAAUGUGUCAGUCAAAUCUGAGGAAGGAUUGUCAUUUGCAGAUCCACUGCUGGAUCUUAUCCAGAAAUCAGAAGACACACAUACUAUAAAACAGAAGCUUGCUCUGCGUCUUAGCGAGCGGAAGAAGGCCAGUGAAGAGCAGACGUUCCUCAGUCCAGGGAGCAAAGGAAGCACAGAGUCAGGUUAUUUUUCUCGUUCAGAAAGUGCAGAGCAACAAAUAAGUUCUCCCAAUACCAAUGCCAAGUCCUAUGCUGAAAUUAUUUUGGGUAAAUGUGGGAGAAUUGGGCAAAGGACUUCUUUCUUAGCUACUCCUGCCCCUCUUCAGGAGGAAAAAACAAGUAUAGUGCCUCUAUCUGUGCCCAGAACACAGGUAAUUGAACACAUAACAAAACUAAUUACUAUUAAUGAGGCAGUAGUAGAUACCAGUGAAAUUGACAGCGUGAAACCAAGAAGAAGCUCACUGUCAAGACGUAGCAGCAUUGAGUCUCCAAAGGCAUCCCUGACCCGAGAACCUUUUCAAUUUGAUGUCAAGUCUACUGGCUCUAUCCCACCACUAGAUGCCAAGACCACAGUUGACAAAACGAAAGGUGAACAUUUAUUCUUGUCACAUCAGCAAUCCCACAGUGCCACAGAGACGGUGCCUCUUCUCCGAAGCCACUCAAUGCCUUCCUCAGCCUGCACUAUAAGCUCUCCGCAACCAUUCAGAGCUAGCUACUCAUUUGACGAAAGGAUUGUGGACUCUGAAGUCUUAAGUCACAGCCAUGUGCUUUCUUCACACCCACGGCUGUUAAAGAGACAACCAGCAAUAGAGCUGCCUUUGGGAAUGGAAUAUGCCUCAGAAGAAGGAGGUUUAACAGUGAAAGAGACUUCUUGCAAAACAUCUGAUCACUUGGAAGCCAAAGAAAGUGAUGUCUCCAAAAAGUCCCGGAAAUUUGGAAGGAAGGGUUUGAUCUAUGAAUGUAAUAUAUGUGGUGCUUGUUACAAAAAAAAGGGCAAUUAUGAAACUCAUAAAAAAUAUUACUGCUCAGACUUACAGAUCUUAAAACCUCAAGCAGCAGUGCCUUACAGCUCUGCUGAUACUGGAAAGGGACAUUUAGAGCAUGAAACGUGGCCUCAAAUGCCACAUUACACACAAGGGCCUAGCCAGGAACUCUCUACUUUGCGUAAAAGACGUAAAGAGAAGAGUCUUGGAGAUGAGGAAGAAUCUCAGUCUUUUGAUCAACCCGAGUAUCCACUAUCUGUCACAGCAUCAGGUUCCCAUUUUUCUACACAUGAUGCACCUUUAAACUUGGCUAUAGAUGCAUUAAAGCAUUCUGCUGAUAGUGAUCUUAAUCCAUUGCCAGAUAUCUAUUCUCGGACACAAGUUUUAGAAGUUAAGGAGAGGACUACAAUUUCAAAAGAGAUUUCUGUGAUACAGCACACAAGCUCAUUUGAGAAGUCAGAAUCCAUGGAACAGCUGGGGAGUUAUGAAGAGGAAGUAAAGACUGCAGCAAAAGCAGCCUCUCACACUGUGAAAACACAGCAACAUUCAUCUCAUUCCUUGCAGCCAAAACUGGUUCGUCAACACAAUAUUCAGGUACCAGAAAUCCUAGUAACUGAGGAACCAGACAAACCAGAAGCAGAAUUUGAGCCUCCUCCUAAAGAGCAAGAAAAAAUAGAGGAAUUUCAGUGGCCACAGAGGAGUCAAACUCUCGCUCAGCUUCCUGCUGAGAAGCUACCUCCAAAAAAGAAAAGGCUGCGUCUAGCAGAAAUGGCCCAGUCGUCUGGAGAGUCAAGUUUUGAGUCUGUGUCUCUCACACGCAGUCCAAGCCAGGAGAGCAGUAUUUCACACACUUCCAGCCAUUCUGUGUCUUUAGACAGGGAAGAGGGGUUCAAGGCAGAUGUGCCCGGACAGAUUUCAGAGUCUUCUGCCAAGUCCCCUGGGCAUCACAUGUUGACUGUACCCUCCCACCUUCACCAUGGAAGAGAAAUGAGAAGAUCAGCCUCUGAACAGGCACCAAAUGUAUCACAUUUAUCUCAGAUAUCUGAGAACCGAAGCAAGUCCUUUGACUAUGGCAGCUUAUCUUCACCAGCUUCAACAUCCAAUCCAACAGCACAGGAGAGGAGGAAGUGCUUCUCAGUCAGACAGGCUUCUCUUAGUAGGCGUUUGGAACUUGAACCAGACUUGACACCAAGGGAUUGGAAGGAAACAGAACAGACUGCAAGCCAAAUUUCUGUCAAAGGCUUCCCUGCACAGUUUCCAGUUUCUUGUCAUGGAGAAAGGCUUAGCAGUUCUCCCCAGUCAAAGCAAAAUCCUGUAACUGAAAAACUGGAAAAGACCAGUUUACCACACCAGCUUUCUCCCUUUCCAGUUCAGCCUCUACUUCACUUGCCAGAACGUUCUUCAGAAACAUUGGAAUCCCAAGCAAUGACUGAUGUUCUGUCUGGUCCAUUGUCUCUUUCACACAUCACUUCAUCUGUAUUUCGUACUUCACCACUACCUUUGCAGCACACUCACAUUCAUCCGGAACUUCCCCAGGAUUUAUCUCCAGACACAGUAGAUGUUCCUUUGAGACAUCGAUCUCCAUUCAUACAAUUGCCAUGCUCUGGAGCCCCUCUGUUUCCCCCUACUUUCUGCUUGCCUGUACAAUCUCAAUUUCCUUAUUCAGAGCCAGCACAAGUUGUUGGGCACUAUCCUCAAAUGCUAGCACCUCCAGUGGGCACAUCUUGCCUCUCCACAAAAGACGGUUUUUCAGAAAGUCUUCAACCCCUUUCCCAAAGUUCAUCAGCUUCAGAGUCUUCCCAUGCAGUUCCUGUAUGUUCAGAUCCUGUGGUUUCCCUUGUUGUCCCAGUGAGGAUCCAGACAUACAUGCCUUUAUAUGGUAGUGCAAUGUACACCACCCUCUCCCAAAUCAUAGUCACCCACCCUGAGUGCAUCACAUCCUCUGUUGUCCAUAAAUCUAAGGGAUAUCCAAUCUUUGACUUUCAACAUAUUUUACCAGAAGAUCGGAGCAGCCUCUGCCAUCUGCCAUUCCUGCAGGUUCCAUUUCCAAAUGUUGAACUUAGCAGCUACAUACCAUUGUCAGCAGAGAGUGAACUUGGAUACGAUGGAAGCUCAUCUGUUGGAGGCAGCAAACGAAUGCUAUCGCCUGCUGGCAGUUUAGAACUUACUAUGGAAACCCAACAGCAGAAGAGGGUAAAAGAGGAAGAGGUAAAGGAUGAUUUUUUUCAUGAAGAGACGUCAAAGGCAACGAAAGUUCAGGAAGAUGAAAGGACUUCAACUGUAGCUUCUCAAGUUACCAUGAAGCCCUGCACAAUAGACCUUUUGACUACAUCACCAACAGCAACUUCUGAUCAGCCACAAGUGAAGGAAAUAACCAAAGGUGCAUUGGCUCCAAGUGUUGCUGGUGUAUCAACUUUAAAACUACCUGGAGAAUUGAAGAAAUGCACAAGUAGCAUGACUGUCAAAACAGAGGAUUCUAGUGAUAUCUUUGAGUCCUCCUCUUCAAGUACACCUCCAGUCUCUAGGAUACCUGUUAAUCUCUCUGUCUCAGGCCACAGUGAAGGUACAGAAACUAAAAAGGUACUUUUCCCAACCCUCCACACAACCACUAAUGUCAGCUGGUGCUACUUAAAGUAUGUCAAGCCAAAUCACACCCAGCAAAGCAAUCGAAGGGCUUCUGUUUACGCUAGCUGGUGUAUCAGUUUAUACAACCCAAACUUGCCUGGUGUCUCUACCAGAACAGCACUGUCUCUACUCCGCUCCAAGCAGACGGCAGGCACGGAGAUUUACACCACAGCUGAUGCUCCACACUUGGAUACAGGACGUCUAGUGCCCUCCAGAGCCCGGAAACCCAAAAUGACAGAGGCUCACUUGCCUCCUCAAGUUCAUAAGGAGACCCCAAGGAGAGAAAAAGAGGACGAAAAACGAGGGAGGUCAGAGGAGGCGGGCACAGCCACAAGGCGGAGUGAGCCAUCCCGUAUACGGAUCUUCGAGGGAGGGUACAAAUCUAAUGAGGAAUAUGUUUAUGUACGAGGCCGUGGCCGUGGAAAGUACGUGUGUGAAGAAUGUGGGAUCCGGUGUAAGAAGCCAAGCAUGCUAAAGAAACAUAUUCGAACACACACUGACCUCCGACCUUAUGUCUGCAAACAUUGUAACUUUGCCUUCAAAACCAAAGGGAAUCUGACUAAACACAUGAAAUCCAAAGCCCACAGUAAGAAGUGCCAAGAGCUGGGAUUGGUGCCACCAUCACUGGCAGAGCUGGAGACAGAAGAAGGGACCAGCGAUGAUCGGUGGCAAGACAGUGAUGUAGUGGAAGAGCAUCAGUUUUCAGACUUGGAAGACACAGAUGAGGAAGACUCUGAUGAAGAGGAGGAUGAGGAAGAGGAUGAAGAUGAGAGCCAGGAGGAGAAACAAAGAGAUCCGUCACCAACAGUGGGUACCACUCGUUCACCAAAUCAAGAUCCUGAGAGUGCUGCAACAUCACCAGCCUACCAGUUUUCUCCCAACCUACUGUUUGCUACAGAUCCUCCAGAAAAAGACUUCCAAACACUGUUAGCUUCUGAGCAUACAGUACCCAGAGAGACAUUAUCCCACAGGCAGUGGUCACCUGGCAAAGACAUAAGUAGUAGAGCAGGACCAUCAAGGAGACACCUCCUCCAAAAGAAAGAGACGCCAUUGAGAUGUUUUUCUCCGAAAGGUGUUUCUUCUCCACGCAGGGGUAUGUCACCAUGCCAACGUUUGCAGUCAGCCAGGGAACUGUCCCCUCUGCGGUGUGUAUCUCCACAGCACCUGUCUCCCCAUCGUGACCUUUCACCUCAUUCAUACGUGUCACCAGAUCGUGGGGCCUCUUCACCAGUUAGACACAUGUCUCCCAGCAGAGAAAUGAUGAGCGCCCGAUAUGCUGCCCUCAGAAGUGGGCUGGCCACUCCACCGCGAUACCAUUCCCCUGGCAGGGAGGAGCAGCAUUUGAGUAGGUUGGAUUCCCAAACCCAGUUAAAAGUUCAACAUGGACUGUUCCAAUCAGUUGUGCUACCUCACAGGACUCCAGAGAUUGCAGAGCAACUGAAGCCGGGAUCAUCUUCUUUCUUGGCCAUGCUGAGGCCAUUGCGUUCUCCUCAUGUGCCCCAUACCACUACCAGAAGCGGAGAGAACUUGUUCACCCACUUGCCUCUUCACUCACAGGAUCUUCAGAGGACCCCUUAUCCAAUGAUCCCUAUUGGGGGCAUUCAGAUGGUACAGGCUAGGCCUAGCCCCCAACCCUCCUUACUUGGGCCACUCUUGUCUGAAGUGAAACAGGAGGGUCCAGAAGUGGUACAAUCCCACACCCGACAACAAGAAGGAAGAGAGGAGCAGCUCAGGACUAACAGAAAAGGGGAGGAGAAGGGAGAAAGGGAAAUAUCUCCUCUCAGUACAGCCCCACAGCGUUCCCCAACAAGCACUUACUGCCAAACCGCUUGCACUCCUCAUCUUGAGAUGUCUCAUGACAGCAGUGGCCACCACCAAGGGGAGACCGAAGGGGAUGGGUGACUGGACACUUUCUUCUAGGGAAUAUUGCCUCUUACAGAGUUCUCUACAACAUGUGCCCCAUACAUGAUACGGGAUGAGGAUCCUUUAAUGAUACAGGGAAGGAGUCCCUCUAGGGCACAGGAUAACAGUCCUAGGUUACAGUAGGAUAAAAAUCCCUAGACAUGAGUUAUGGUCCUCUAUGGAUACAGGGUAAGACUCCUAGAAUACGGGGAAGUAAGCAUCCUGUAUGGAAAAUGGAUGAAUCAGCCUAGGGAAGAUGACUUGACACCCUUUUAUCUAUAUUGGGUGUGUCCUGGGUACAAAUAUCCUUAGGAAAAGGCAUUCGUUAUGGUACAGAUAAAAGAUACAUGUAAGAUACAGAAUAA